AUGGCUGUCCAGACAAGACUCGCUGCCGGACGAGAGUCUACUUUGAUGUCUGUAGAACUAGAACACUCGCCUGCCCAGCGACGACGACGAGGUGAUGCAGCCUUUAACGUGUCUGAGGACGCAAAAGAAGACUCCAGCAUGACUCUCCGGCCUCUUCUCAGUCGAAUUCAUGUCUCUUCUCCCUCUGACGAUGUCUCUAGCAUCAGGGAUCACUGCCUGGAAGUUCCCCCCCUGCGCAGGACAGACAAGAAGAAAGAAGACGAAAAGAAGGCCAAAGGGAACGACGGCGACGACGAGAAGGAAGAAGAAGAGAUACGAGACUCACUCAACAACGUCGACAUGAGAACAGCAGAAGAAGAAGAAGAAGAGGGCCGACCAGACAAGACUAGAAUAAUAACUAAUAGUAAUAAUAAGGAGAAGAAGGGUGAUGCGGGAAGAUCAACUCGCCCGUCCCGGCGCGCCUUUAUAAGAAGGCCGCCCAUGCCCCGCCAGCGCCAGCCUUUUCUCUCUCUCUUCCUCUUCCUCUUCUUCUUCUUCUUCUCUUCGACAACAACAACAACAACAACAACAACCGCGACUCGACGAUAA